UGCAUGCAUAAACAUUUAGCAAGUUACAUUUGUUUUCGAUUUGAGCAAAGGUACUCGACUGAGACUUGUCGAUACAGCAUGGAGCGCCAUGAGAGAGCAAUGCUUGAUGAAGUCGUUCUAAAUGAUUUGAUGUCGAACGGCCAUCGUCUUAAAGAUGGUGUAAGAAACAGGCCACAUGCAGGCCUAACUCGGUUUAAAGAGCAGAAAGAAAACGACCGGGAUACUCUUUGUAGUGAUACACCAUCUGAGGAGUAUUAUGACGGACAGCCGAAGACAGGCAUAUGGACCAGAAUAGGUAAAGUGGUGGUCCAACGAAGGGGGAUCUGCUGGGCACUAUCAUUCGCGAUCCUCACUUCCUUUUCUUCAUUGACUGUCAAGCUCUUAUCUGGCAGGGUUUCCCCGAAUCAAAUUGUACUUUACCGCUCAUUCACCCUUGUCCUCUUCACAGGACCCAACCUCAUACGCCACAAGGUGUCAUAUUGCUUGCCUCUGAAAGCUUGGGGAUUCGUAAUCGUCAGGGGAAUGUUCGGCACUGGAUGCGCCAUCUGCGCUUCCAACAGCCUCCAACAACUGGACAUAUCCACUGUCAAGUGUAUCCUACAGAGCUCAACUUUCAUCACCUGCAUCUUCGCGUGUCUCUGUUUAAAGGAGACUUGUUCCAUCCCAAUCACCGUAUCAUGUUGUAUCAGUGUGGUCGGUGUUUUACUUGUUGUCCAGCCAGCACCUAUCUUUGGGGGUCUCCUUGGCAGCGGCAGCGGUGAAAACAAUAUAUUUGGAUUACUCUCAGCUUUUUCUGCCGCUUUGUUUGUGACUCUUACAUUUUUGUCACUCCGAAUGCUCGGCCGCCUCAAGGUUCACGCGCAACUUAUUACUUUUUCGUACGGCUGCAUCGGCGUCUUGGUAUGUGCCUCACUGAUGAGCGCCCUCAACGAGUGGUCCAUCCCUGGUUGUGGAUACGAUCGGCUCUUGGUCCUAGCUAUCUGCAUCAUCGGCUAUCUUCAGAUCAUGACCUGCACUCUCGCAUUCCAGACGGAAAACGCUGCGGUUGUCGCCGUCAUUUCGACCACGGGAGUCUUUGUCACCUUUGUCCUGGACUUUGCGUUCUUCAACGUUACCCCAAAUCUUUUGAAGGUCAUUGGAGCUCUUUGCGUAACAGCCAGCUCUGUUGGUGCAACCAUAUCAUCGUACUAUGCUGCUAAGCGGAAACUUUCUGAAAGUAAGAAAUAAUGUUAUAAGCUUCAAGCACCACUGAGCUUCCCUUCGGUGGAAUGUAGGCCUAUAUUGUCGCUUACUAAACGCUCGCCCCAGCCACUCUUUCGAUGUUGCGGCUGGUGAAUUAACUGUAAGAUUAUUGUGAUUAAAGUUGGUGGCAGCGGUGGGAUUUGAACUGAAUCUACAGGGCAAAUGAAUUAAAAGCCGAGAGUCUGUUAUAUGAAUGCUCCUUAAACACAUUAAGGGGGAAGUCCACCCUGAUAUUAAGUUGGUGUGACUUAUCUUGCGAGCUCGAUCCCUCCAACUUACUCAAUCUGUAGGCCUAAUCCCCCCCCC